AUGGAUGCGUACGGGGCGGGGGGCCGGGAGUCGGCCGUGUCACUCACCUGCCCAGCUUGCCGCAUUUCGGCGGUUUCGACGCGGCAGCGGGCCAUGUGCCCAUUCUGCGGCUCAUUUUACAACCGCGACGCCAACUCAAACACGUCUCUGCGCAGAAGGACGGCACCGGGCGACAGCCUGCCGCACAUAGAUUCUCAGCGGCCGCUGGUUCGAGUAACUGGAUUCGGGCCACUCAUCACAGACAGCCUGGGUGCUAUCCACGCCUACAUCACGGGUCUCAUACUGCGGCCACCAUCUCCUACUGCGCUCUACUCGUCGCUACCGCCCGUGCAACACGACGCCGAGCGCCGCCUGUGCACACAAAGCGCCGGCUCACCGCCGGAGCCCGCCAAGGACGCCGGCUUGGUCUACACUCGCGAGCAGCUGCUGCCCGAGCCCGAGUACCCGGUGCGUCGCAAAGACAUCCGAGAGCUCAGGGAAAUUGUCGAAGAAGGGCGGGCAUCGUGCUGCUUUGCCAAGGUGCAGGAAUUCUACGAACAAACGUUCAGUUCUCUAGUUGAACUAAACGCACUGUUCAAGGAAAACCCUAAUCAGGAUGAUGCAAAGCUCGAAGAUCCCGAGAUUAAAAUUGACUUAUUGCAUGCGGUCUAUGACAUCCUAGAAGAGCUGCCGGCAUACGUGAGCAAGGCAGUUUUAAAAGGAAUUAUUAACUCCUUAUUAGCUACAGACAUCAGAUUAAAAACAAAAGAUGAAACGCGAGCUGUAUAUAUUUUGCUUCAGAACCCAAUAUUCAGCAGCCAGGCUUCCUACACCGUGUUCGCGCAUCUUUUGCGUAAAGUGGUGUCCUUAAAAAGUUCGGACCACCAGCUGCUCAUUCAUUGGUUUUCAAAUUCUCCACCGGAAAGGCUCCGGGCGUUAGUGAAGCGUCUCCUGCAGUUCAUCACAAUACGAGAAUUUCCUCCCGCGAACGGCCACAAAUUGCCGUCGAUCAGCAAGAGCCGUUGGUGGAUUCCUUGCGCGACCAGAGUGCUGGCUCUCAUAAACGCGGCAAACAACAAGAAGAAUGCCAACAUACUGAACUACACGGAGUUCUACAACAGUGCCUUAGACCACAUUGAUCUGAUGUCUGAGUACUACCGGUGGCAGUCUCCUGGAAAGCACACAAAGUUUUCUUACUGCCAGUAUCCCUUCAUUCUAAGCAUCGUGGCCAAGAAGUCUAUCCUGCAGCGCGAUUCUGAACAACAGAUGAUACUGAAUGCGAGGAGAAGUCUACUAAACCGUGCUCUUCACCAUCAAGCGCCAGAUAUUGAUGUAUUUUUUCUCAAUCUGAACGUCCGACGGUCGCACCUCGUGUCAGACUCAUUGAAUGAGAUUGCGAGAAAGCAAAGCGACUUAAAGAAAAAGCUUAAGGUUACUUUUGUCGGCGAACCAGGGCUGGAUAUGGGUGGUCUCACAAAGGAAUGGUUUCUCUUACUCAUAAGGCAAAUCUUCAGCCCUGACUACGGCAUGUUUGUAUAUCACAACAAGGCAAGAUGCUACUGGUUCAGUACAACGCAGCUAGGCAAUCUACGAGAAUACAACCUCAUAGGCGUUUUAAUGGGACUUGCCGUCUACAACUCCAUCAUUUUGGAUCUCCAUUUCCCGACGGCAUGCUACAAGAAGCUCCUGAACCCUCCCGUUGUUCCUCACAACAUCGAGAACGCCUACGUAGGAAUCUGCAAGUUCACGACGGAGGACCUCGCGGAGGUGAUGCCGGAUGUCGCUGUUGGUUUAAACGAACUGCUGGCGUACGAGGGAAACGUUGAAGAGGAUUUUUGCAUGAAUUUUCAGGUUUCUGUAGAAGAGUUCGGUGAAGUAAAAACCCACACGCUCAAAUAUGGCGGCGAGGACAUUCCAGUGACAAGCGAGAAUAGAAAAGAGUACGUGGAUCUGUACGUGGAUUUGGUGCUGAACAAGGCGAUCGCUCAGCCAUUUAAAGCCUUCUACCUUGGAUUUCACAGCGUUUGCGCUUCCAACGCGCUCAUCAUGCUCCGUCCCGAGGAAGUCGAAAUGCUCGUCUGUGGCUGCCCGAAAUUAGACCUUGAUGAACUACGAAAAGUCACUGUGUAUGACAGCUUUGAGGAAGAUGAGCCACUUAUCAGGGACUUCUGGGACAUACUGAAAUCGUUCAACCCUGACGUACAAAAGCAAUUCCUUCGCUUUGCGACUGGCAGCGACCGAGUACCCGUGGGUGGCAUGGGGGAGAUGGCGUUCAAAAUUUCGGCUCAAAACACCAACACGGAAAUGCUGCCCGUGUCACACACGUGCUUCAAUCAGCUGGUGCUACCCAAGUACAAAAGCAAAGACGUCCUUCGGGAGAAGCUGACCAUCGCAAUCUCAAACGCCGAGGGCUUCGGCCUCGAAUAGGACCAGGGCUAUGUAGGCAUCUCCGACCGACCAGAAUGGGGCCUUACGUAGAAUAUUCACGAGUAAACAACAAGCAACGAUUGUUCCCAAGGACAGCACAUACGACGCCAGUGAUUCGCACGUGCAAAGCACUUUGCGGCGCUCUCACUUCGUGAUGCGCACGACACUGCAUCGACCUAUUUUCCCUUUCAGCCGCCCCGAGUGCAGCGAAAAUUACUCAUGCUUGUUUUAUUUGUUAGCUUUAUAUCUUUUAUUGCAAACGCAAUACGCACUUGUAGCACAGUGGCCGCUGUUCUAUGCGUGAAUUCGAAGUGACACGAGAAGGCUGUUUUAUAUUCUGCGUGGUAGCUCUUCGAAAAGCUGAAAUGUAUAGUUUAAGAAUUGGUUUUGGCAUUUCUUUACGAGGCCUGGCGAUAUAAAACAUAACCACAUUAUAGGUAGUGAAUGUUGGACUUAUUCAUGUUAUAAUGAGGUGGUUGAAAAUGUGAAGCAUAAGAUGGGCUUGCAGUAAAGGUCACGGCGGGGGACGAAUUAAGGUUACAUAGGACGACAAAGCAAAAUAAAUAUGGUUUAGAGACAUUGCUAAAGAAAAUAAAAUAAAGUGAAUUAGGCAAUGGAGUUAGAAAAAGUGUUCCUCAACAUGUCGAGGUCAAAUUACACCAAAAUUAUCUCAGCAAAACGGCAGAAAUAAAUGUUAAAUACUGCUCUCUUAUUAAGUUUGUAAACUGAAAUAAUAGUUUGCUCCAUACAAAGGAACAACAUUUGUAAUGGCAAAUAAAACAUUGCAUCUUUUAUGUCACUAAA